AAAAUCGAUUUUUCUUGUGUUUGCAAACUGCACAUUUGGCGGAGCAGCUGCGCCGUUCCAAACGCUGAUGCAUACGGAAAAGUAAACGUUUAAAUAAAAUACACAUAGCGAGCGAACAGCCGGUACAACAUGUACAACGGCAUUGGAUUAACAACGCCGCGUGGCUCCGGCACCAAUGGACAUGUGCAGCGCAAUUGGGCAUUUGUGCGACCGGGCAAAAAGGACAAGGAGUAUCGUGCCGAGGAUGACACCAAAAAGCUAGACGCCCAACUGAAUCGGCCCCCUAACAAGGAGAUACUUGACCACGAUCGCAAGCGAAAAAUCGAAGUGAAGUGCAUUGAAUUCGAGGAAAUACUCGAGAAGCAAGGACGCACACCGGAGGAGAUAAAGUCGCAAGUGGAUUCAUAUCGCCAGAAAUUAAUGGGCCAAGGCAAAACCGAUUUAGCCAAGGAUGAAUUUGGACGCGUAGCAAACACCACAACAACCACUGCAACGGCAACGGCAACGGCAACGGCCACCGCAAUGGCCACAGCCACCUCGACCUCCGCGUCCAACUCGGAGGCGAGAAGCACGACGAGAGCCUUCGCCACGCUGCAGGUCGUCAAGGCAAAGAAGCGGCGUAAACGUCGUAAACGCGCAGGACACGCAACCGGCUGCGUCAACAACAACAACAACAACAACGGCAGCAAGAACCACAGCUGCAGCAGCAGCAGCAACAACAACAACCCCAAUGCGAUUGUGGGGUGUGUGGCUGGCACAGUCGGUGGCAGGAAAUGCAAGGCGCAAUACUUCCAGCACGACAAUCGCGAGUAUAUAGCCAAAUACGAGAGUUUCCAGUUCACGGCACAGGCGACAUCGGCGGCGGCACUUAACUAUGCUGCCGUGGCCAAGAAGUUCAAGCCAUUGCGGCCGGUUUUGGCAAGCGGCGCCAAGAAGAACAGGCGCACAGCACAGCCGAAGAAGCCGCACAGCGACUGCGCCUGCGUCUGCCAGAAUACGCAAGUGACGCAAUUGACGCAAUGCCCAGUGGAGCGAACAGCUGUGCUGGCACACCGGGAACGAGAAGGUCGCCAGUCGGAGAAUGUAAAUGGGACGGGUGGACAGGCGCUGCCGGCGCUGCUCGAGCUGCUCAAGCACUCGUCUAGCACGUUGCUGCAAACGCUGCUGCUGGGCGCUGGCAGCGCAGCGGCGGCCAGCGUGCGUGAGACCCAUCAAAUUGCCGAGGCACAGCAGCAGAAGAACGCCAAAUUGCGCGAGGCAUUCAACAUAUCCGAGUACUUUGUGGAGGGCAGCAGCUUUGAUUGCGAUCGCAAGGCUAAGGAGGACCUGGCCAAGACAGUGGCGCUGCAAAAGGAGCUGGACGCGCAGCGCGAAAGCCUUGCGGCAGCAGCAGCAGCGGCUUCAACGGCGGCCGCAGCUGCAGCAGCAGCUGGCAAAGACAAGGAGACAGGCAAGCGAUAUGCGCUGCUGCGUACGCCCUCACGCGAACGCGACGAUGGAGCUGGCAAGUCAGAUGCUGCGGCUGCCAGUGGGGAUGAGCGCGACCAUGUGUCCAGAUCGGACAAAAAGAAGAAAAAGAAACGCGCCAGGGAGAGUUCUGCUAGUCCGGAGCGCCGCAAGGAUAAGAAGAAAAAGUCAAAGAAGCACAAGAAAGAGAGUAAGUCGAAAAAGUCGAAGAAAUCUCGCAAGCGCAAAUACAGCGGCAGCGAUAGCAACGACAGCGACGAGGAGGAGGCAGGCAGCAGCGACGCCGAGCGUGAGCUGAAAAGUGCACGCAAGAAAGCCAAGAAGGAGAAGAAGAAGCGCGAGAAGAAGCUCAAGAAGAAGCAGCGAGCACGUGCCAGCUCCACGGAUUCGGCACGUUCCAAUUCGCCUGAGCGCAAGGACAAGAAGUCGAGCAAAUCUCGCGCAGCUGCCGAGGAUAAUGACACACCUGCAGAGAAUCCCGUUCGCGGUCGCUCGACCGAGCGGCGCAAGGACAAGAAGUCGCGCCGCAAUGACUCCUCGACGGACAGUCGCCGGGAAAAGCGAGAUAARUCGACSCGAACGCCGCCGCGGCGAGAGACUGAGAAGCCAACACGCUCCAAGGAGCGACAGCGCGAGCGUUCCAAGCAGAGGUUGGGCUCGAGGGAGCGACAGCGCUCGAAGGAAACAAGGCGCAAUGAGAGACAUAGAUCAAAGGAGCGUCAGCGUUCCAAGGAGCGCCUCAAGUCAAAGGACAGAGCACGAUCCAUGGAGCGACAUAAGUCUAAGGAGCGUCAGCAAUCAAAGGAGCGACAGCGUCCAAAGGAAAGGCAACGGUCCAAAGAGCGACAGAGAUCAAAGGAGAGGCAGCGCUCUAAAGAGAGACUUGGAUCCAAGGAGAGAGUGCGCUCCAAGGAGAGACUCAGAUCAAAAGAGAGGGCACGUUCCAAGGAGCGGCAGAGAUCAAAGGAGAGAGUGCGCUCCAARGAGAGACAAAGAUCAAAGGACAGGCCGCGGUCGAAAGAGCGACAGCGCUCGACGGAGAGGGAGCGACAACGGUCAAGGGAAAGAGAACGGCAACGAUCAAAGGAACGUGCGCGCUCCAAAGAUCGUCACCGUUCGAGAGAGCGACUGCGCUCAAAGGAGCGACAGCUCUCCAAAGAGCGACCCAAGUCCAACCAGCGCUCGGGCGAUGCAGUCAAAGAGCACGGCAAAGAUCGUAGGCGCGAUCGUCGCUCAGCCUCUCAGCCGAAACGAGGUGGCGGUCGUCAUUCCCGCUCGCGUUCCCGAUCGCAUAAAAGGCAGCGAACACCUUCGCCCGCGCUAGUCAGUAAGCAACGGACUCGCUCGCCGGAAGCAUCGAAGAAGACGGCGUCAGCGCCCGCUUUCAAUCCCUUCAAGGCCGCCGAGGAUACUGUGAACGAUAUACUGGGCACCAAGUCGGUGAUGGUGGCGCUUGAGCAGACGAAGCGCAAACGCGCAGCGUCCAGCUCGAGUUCCUCGUCGUCCAGCUCCAGUGGCAGUUCCUCCCACAGCGAGCCAGGCACGCCCACGCCGAGAAAGCGGCGCCGUAGCCAGACGCCCGAGCAGGUAAAGCGCGAGCCWAACAGCCCAAGGCAGCGCGAGCAGUCCAAGAGCAGCCACAUGAAGCGCGAACGCUGGGGCACGCCCACCAAGUCGAAGGCUCUCAAAAAGGAGAAAGAUAAGGUGAAGGACAAGGGCAGUACGCCAAGUCCCAGACAGAUCAAACGUCGCUCCGAAAGUUCCAGCUCCUCAGAGCUGCGCUAUUCCCCGGCUGAGCGCAAUCCCGAGCGGUAUCAGGACAUUCUGCAGGACAAAAAGCGGCAGCUGUCCAAGUCAAAAGACACGAAGCCCACGCCCAUCGUCCGCCUGCGUGCCCAGAGCGACGAUGGCGCCGAGGAGGAGACAGAGAUGAGCGCUGCAGCUCUAGAGGAUUAUCAGCAGUCGAAGCGCGAGCGCGARGAGCAGCAGGAGCUGCGCAUGCUCGAGCAGCUCAAGUCGGGCAUUGCGGCCAAGGCCAAGCAGAAGAUGAAAACAUUGGAAAAGAUCGGCGAUGCCAAGGACGCGGACGCUGGCAGCGAAGUAAGUGGCGAUACUAACAAUGUGGUGCUGGCCACCACCAAACGUAACUCGCUAAGUGAAUUUCUUGUUGCUAACAAUGUGACCGCUUUGAUUAAUAACCCACUGACAAUGCCAACAAUAACAACAACAACAACAACCACAUCAUCUACUAUUCUAACAACAACAACGAUAACGACAACAACGCCGCCGCCUCCCGCGACAGCAGCUGAGCCGCGUACGCCGCCAAUUAGCAAAGCGGCCCAAAUGGCGGCCAACGGUGGUGCCAAGAGCCCAGCCAAUCCGACGGCAAUAGCAGCAACAACAGCAACUGCAACUGCAACUGCAAUAAUUAACCCAACGUUAGCAACAACACCAGCAGCAACGACAACARCAACAAUAGCCAAAUUCAAUCACAGACCCCAACAACAUCCACAGACGAAGCGCAUCUUUCAUAACCGCACGCUGAAUAACAAUCCCAACAGUAGACACAAUACUAACCAUAACAAUAACAAUAGUCAUGUAUGUGGUGGUGGUGUUCCUCUCAAUCCCGGUGGUGUUUCUCAUACUAAUCAUGCUAGCAACAAUCCCAACAACAAUGCGCUGCCCUUUCUGGCCGGCACGCCCGGCACCUACAAUCGCACAACGAACCGGCUCAACCACGGGCCCCUGCUGACCGCCACGCACUAUAACAUCUGCAAGAAUCAGCACAACAGCCACGGCAACAACAGCGGCAACAACGGUGGUUUGCAGCCGUUGCUCAGCCGGCGGGAUCAGCAGCAGCAGCACCAUCUAACGCGUAGUCUUAGCAUGUACAAUCCCAAUAUUUAUGGCCAUGGGCCGCAGCAUGCGCUGCUGGCAGCCGCCGCCGCUGGUGGCCAUCAUGUGCAUCAUCAUCAUCAUCAUGGGCGACAUGGYGGUGGUCUCUUGUCAUUGGGUGGCAGUGGCGCCGGCGCUGCUGCGGCUGCCGCAGCUGCAGCUGGUUUGGCCCUGCUCGGCCAUCCGGCUCAGCAUGGGCGCGGCACUGGCGGCAUCAGCUUCAAUGCGGCUGCAGCGGCCGCUGCGGUGGCGACCAAUAGUAUUAGCUAUCAUCAUCAUAAUCCGCAACAGAAACCGAAAAUUGUUAUAAAACCCUUCAAAAUUCACGAUCCACAGCCCUUAGUCGCCGCACUCGCCGACAGCACUCUGGUGGAUGCCAUCGUCUCCAAGGUGUCGACAGCAACGGUGGCAGCAGCGGAGAGCGCCGCUCGACGCAGUCGCAGUCGUUCGCGUCGCAGCGAUCACAGUCGCAGCAAGCGACGCACGAGCAACAGCCGGCAUCAUCGUUCCAGCAGUCGCUCCCGAUCUCGCUAUAGCUCAUCGAGCAGUCGCAGCGGCUCGUGCAGCUCUAGAUCCCGUUCCGGCUCGCAUUCAUCACGCUCCAGCGGCUCAUCAAGAAGCAGCUCCGGCAGCUCCUCGAGCAGCGGCUCGGGCUCAUCACAAACCGGCUCACGCUCACCAUCCAUACCCAGACGUCGCGGCUCGCCUAGUUUUCUAGACAGGCGUCGCAUCACGAGCGCUCGCAAGCGACCUAUACCCUAUCACCACCACAAGGCGUCUGGGGAGGGCAUGAACAACGGCGACGGCGACGAGCAUGUGGACAACGAUGCUUCCAGCUGCUGCUCCAGUUGCUUCAGCCGCGGCAGCUCGCCGGGCUCACCCAUGGCUGGCACACCAAUGCACAAUAGUCGGAGUCCUUCGGCGAUUGCCUUUUGAGUGUUAACCGAUUCGCUGCGCAAAAUGUGCGGCGAACUGUAAAGCAAAAGAAGGGGAAAUCCCCCGCCUACUCUAAGUAAAUCUCAACUAGUCAAACAUCCCUAGUCGCAAUAUGCAAGCAACAAUUUAUAGAAAUCUCUACAUAAUAUGUCUAGGCUAAUUGUUGUGCAGUAUAAGAUUUGUUUUCCUUUAGACACAUGCCCUUAAGACUAAGCUGUAAAGGAUUUUCCUUUUUGCGAUUCUCAGUAGCUAAACAAUAUUGUAGAGACGAUCAUUGAUUUUAAUUAUAAUCGAAUAUACUCGAAUUAUUUGCUAGUUUCUAAGCUUCGUUUUUAAAUAAAAUUAUUUGUUGCCAUUUCAAA